CAUCCAGCAUAGCACUUUCAGGCUCGUGGGUUUUAGCUGCAGCUCCACCCCGUGCUGGUGGAGAAGGGAUCGGUUCCCACUGAUGGCAGGAAAGGGAGGUCACAGGGUUUGCUUGAUUAAAUCACCACAACCCAAAAGGUUCUCUCUUUCUCGCUUACUGAGAAUUGCUCCCAGGCUGUUUAAUCUGUUCCAAAAAGAAACUCAAAACAAAAAACAAACCCCUAAGCCCAACAACCGUCAGCACACGCGGAAAAGCAGGUGUGUCUGGAGCUCUUGUGAAAACAAAGGGCAGAGACCGAGGCAGGAGUUGACACUUGGAUGGGAAGUUUCCUUCCCAGCACAGAAGGACGAGUUUGGAAAAGACUCCAACACGAGCAGCACUUGUCCUACAGGUCAGUAUCCAGGUGAAGCCUCACUGCCGAGAACCACCUUUGGUGAGAAACCUUGACAAAUCCCUGCUGGAUACCCACGUCUGUGACAACAAGGAUAUUGCUUAACUCUAAGCUCCUUGCUGUCCUUUAUCCGUUCGUAAGCCUGUACAGCAAAGUCACAGGCCAAAUGGCAUCCCCGAUGACUGCAGGUCUCCCUUGCCUGUUUCUACUGGUCACAGCGUGUUGCCAGACAUCACAGGACUCAAAGUUUGAGCCACUCAUCCACUACAUAAUUGGCAGUGGGCUAGGAGAGGAGAGCUUCCAGCCAGAGAUGCAGAGGCAGAAGCGAAACAUGCUUACUUUUAACCUUCCCGCCCUGGAGUACACUGUUGACAUUGAAGUAAGCCUUACGGAUUCGUCUUUUCUGGAGCCAAUCAAAGACUAUUUUAAAAACUUUACUCUUCCAGUUUCAACAAAUAUUUCAAAUGUAGAAAUGACAGUUUCAGACAUCCAUGUUACAACAGUCUGUCUGCACAGUGAUGAGAACAACAGCUGUUGUUCUUGUGAGGAUGGAUACGCCUGGCCAAGUGCGGUGUGCAGUGAAUUGAGAACUUGCUCUUCUGUCAGCCUGGCACCUGACCUACCCUGCGGCUACGUGAAGGAAAGGCCGUUCUAUGGGCCGUACUGUGCGCCUCAGGCUGAAGACUCAUGUGGUGUGGGAGAGCUCGUUGUAAUGAAUAUGUCAGUCAGACUCGACACAGACUUUCAGGAGGAUCUCCAUCAUUCUUCUUCUGAAUUAUACCAAAAAUACAAAACUGACAUUGAAAAAGCGUUUAAUGCUAGCUACAGCUGUUUACCAGGCUUUGUAUCGGCAACAGUAACUGGUUUCAGGCCAGGAAGUGUUUUUGUGAACUAUGAAUUAAAAGCGGGAGCAGUAAGCUUUGAUCAGAUUGCUCAUUCGAGCAAAAUUGCACCACAAUUUCUAGAUGCAUCGUAUGGACUAAACCACGAUACCUUCGUAGCAGAAAUAACCAAUCGGACAAACUUCACUGUGAGUCCUGUAGACAUUUUUGAAGGGGAUACAGUAAGACUGACUUGUGAGAUAAAUUCAGUAUCUCAGAAUGUGACCUGGUAUCACUUCAAUGAGAUCAUCUCAACCAGCUCCAAUCAUUCAAUUAAGAAAAUAUUUACAAAGAGAACUUCAAAGUCGAUUCUUGAAAUUAUCAACAUUACAAUGAAGGAUUUAGGUUCCUACAGAUGCAUUUUCACAAAGAGCAAUCAUUUGCUGACAGUGAUAUAUAACGCCACGAAAACAAUAGCAGUGUCUCCGCUCUACAUCACUCCAGACUUCAGGAGCGAGAUUACAUGCAACAGUCCUGAAGUGCAGACGAAUGUGCUGUCCUGUUGUAUUGACAAACACUUACCAUUACUUAGUGGUGACUGGAAAGUAAAUGGAGCAAUCAAUAUUACAGGAGUUUCCAGUUUCACUAAAAACUGCACGGAAUACAAGCUCAACAUCGAUGAAUCCCUAUGUUCACCUGAAAAGUCAGGUACAGUGACAACAUACACAUGUGAGCUGCAGACAGGACACGGUGCCAGGGGCAGCUACGAGAUCACGGUGAUGUUCCUCUGGGCAGCCCACGUAACAAUAUCUUCGAGUGUAAAAUCAUCAGUUUCCGAGGGAUAUCCAUUCAGUCUAAGGUGUGAAAGUGAUGUGAGCAGUUAUGACAGCGUCAGCUGGAAAAUCCAGUCUGGAAAUAACAUCAAAACAGUAGACUGUGAUAGGUGCAUCAACACCAGCAGAUUUCCAGCUGUAUCUGUGCUCACGGUGAAGAAUGCCACACAGGACUGGAGCGGCACCUACAUCUGCACCUUCUCCCAGAAGUCCUUGGAGGGUUCUGCCAAUGUGACGAUCGAGGUUAUUUCCUUGCCUCGGAAGCAGAACAUCCUGAUAGACCCCAUCGAAGCAUCUAUACUGUGCAAAGUGCAACAAACUCUUCGGUGCUGCAUAAGUCGUAACACCAUGGAAGACUACACUGUUAAGUUUGUUGUUGGACAAAAUGAAUUUCAAGUUGGCAAAGUGGAAAAAGGAAAUUUAUUUUGCUUCGUGUACAAUUACACAGAAACGGAAUGCAGCAAAAAGGAGUACAAGACACAUUGCAAGUUUAUUAACCGCAUUGGACAGGAAGUCAACAGUGAAUGGAUAAAACUGCACCUGAUAUCUGAUAAGAAAGUUUCCUGCUCAGACACCACUGGCAUUGGAAUAGAAGGGGCCACGUUAAUAAAGCCGUGCUCUAACUCAAAUGUUCCAGAUGGUUUUACUCGAGGCAGUGUAACUUACAAGUGCUCCAAGAAAUCGUGGAACGCUGUGAGGAAUGACUGCCUGUCUGAACCCAUAAACAACUUGCUGACUAAUGCCGAGUCCUUGGUCAACAGUCCUCAGGCAAAAGCAAACCUAUCUGACUACCUUGCAGAGCUUAAGAAAAUAACAGAAAAUGAGCAAAGCACAAUAAGCAGUUCUCCUGCAAACCUGGAUGCAAUUGUUACCAUCCUGGAUAUGGUCUCCUCUAUCCCAGCAGUUGCAGACAACCGCACUAUUGAAAAUUUCCUCUCCACAGUGGACUACAUUGUUGCCGAUUCCACAAGUAAAGCUUGGGAAGACCUGAAUGAAAAGGAAAUACUCAAAAGUUCUUUGUUACUGCAUUCGGUAGAAAAUUUUUCCUUGCACCUCCAACCUGUCAAUAGUACAAUUCCUACUGUCUCUACAAACAGCAUUCAGCUACAAGGUAUGGUUGUCACAGAAAUAAACAACACAGGUUAUAGUAAGAGCUUCAACAGUAAGGAAAACUUCACCGUUGAUGUGCACAUUGGUGAAACUGAAAUUCAGACUCUAAUGCAAAAUUCAACCAUUGUCAGUGUGAUGUACUCAAAAUUUGGACGUAUUUUGCCCCAGAAUGAGACCGAGCGUGUGAAUGGCUUACUAAUAACAACGACUGUGAGCAGCAACAGAAGCCAGAAGUUCGAUGUUAAUAUGACCUUUUCAAAGAUAGACGCAUCUCUAGAGAAACCUCAGUGCGUCUUUUGGAACUUCACACUCGGUAAACAGAGAGGGGGCUGGGAUACUCAGGGUUGCACAACAUCAGAGGUAGGAAAUCAUGUAAUUUGUUCCUGCAAUCACUUGACGUCAUUCUCCAUUCUGAUGUCACCUGAUAAAUCGUCCCAGCUAAUUUCUGAAGAUUACAUUACCUACAUCGGCCUGGCCAUUUCAAUCUUGAGCUUGGCAGCCUGUGUUAUAAUUGAAUCCUUAGUCUGGAAAUAUGUGACAAACAACACAACCUCCUACAUGCGCCACGUCUGUAUACUCAACAUAGCUACAUCACUCCUGAUUGCUGACGUUUGGUUCAUCGUCACUGUCUCCAUCAAAGACCAAAACCAACAGAUGAGCAGAAGUGUCUGUUCCGUGGUCACCUUCUUCAUCCAUUUAUUCUACUUAUGUGUCUUUUUCUGGAUGCUCAGCCUGGGCCUCAUUCUUUUCUACCGACUGGUCUUCAUCUUACAUAACACAAGCAAGACCGCCCAGAAAGCAGUGGUGUUCUCUCUGGGAUAUGGGUGCCCCUUCGUCAUUGCAGUCAUUACCAUCGCCGUCACGCUGCCGAGGAACAAUUACACCAGGAGUGAUGCCUGCUGGCUCAACUGGCAGGACAGCAAAGCUCUUUUAGCCUUCGUCAUCCCUGCCUUGGUCAUUGUGGCCACAAAUUUAUUCAUCACUGCAGUUGUUAUAAUAAAAAUACUGAGGCCAACUAUUGGGGAUCGGUCAGACAGGCAGGAGAGGAACGCUUUGUUUCAGAUUGGCAAAAGCGUGGCCAUUUUGACACCACUGUUAGGCCUCACCUGGGGAUUUGGACUUGCCACCAUCAUCAAAAACAGCCAUCGAGCCUUCCAUAUCCUCUUUGCGCUGCUCAAUGGUUUGCAGGGAUUAUUCAUUCUGGUGUUUGGGACUCUCUGGGACAAGAAGAUACAAGAAGCCCUGCUGAAGAGGAAUUCAAUGUCCAAAUGGAGUUCGCAGCAAACAAAGUCGUCCUCCCUGAUCCUGGUGACACCAAUGCUUGCUAUGAGCUACCCAUUUUCAAGAACCUUUAACAACUUAUGUGGGAAAACAGGAAAAUACAGAGUAUCUUCCUCAGAGCCAUCCAGCUCUUCCUCUGAAAACACUUCCAAGUCAUAUUCUUUGCUUAACUGAGGCACUGCAAAUGCUGAAUCACGUAACUCUGAAAGGACCUCUGCCCUUUCCAAGACGCAUACAAAAAGCACCCGUGAGUCAUCAAGAAGUGGACUACUUCACUUUAACUAAACUGUUCCUUGGUGCAUUCUUCUGGAAUAAUUGUUUCUGGUUAACGUGUAAGGCUGGGAAGGACUGAGAGGAGGAACUUCACAGGUGCUGCCAAGCCCUGAAGAGAUGGCAAAGUGUUUCAAACUUAGAAGGAUUUGAAGGCCUUCAAGUGGAAAAGGCACUGGGAGUGAAAAAUUCUCAGCCUUUAAGAAGGUGCUUAGCACUAUGCAGUACUGAGCCAUUCAUUGCAGUGCUACACACAGCUGUCGUCCAGUGGUUUUAGUAUUUCCCCUAUCAAUGAUUCCAAAGGCCUGUGUAGAUAGAUACACAAGUACCUCGUAGUUUCUUUACUGCCUUUGUGUUAGGAUCAGGAAAGUGCCCUGGUAUGCCACACGGUAUAGUGCUCUCCACUUUCUAUUUAAGACUUUCUGGAUCUAAAGGUUCAUAACUGAGAAGGUCCAUUUCAGAUCUUCACUUUUGACUCAGAUAAAAUGAGGACCAUGAUGAUUCCUGUGUGGUCUUCUUUCAGCUGGAACGUACUGAAAGCUCCGUGUGGCACUUGUAUGAAGAAAAGGAAUCUUUAUAUCCUUAACUCUAAUUGUCCUUUCCGUGAUAUGUAAUUGAGACAGAGAUGGUUGCUGGCCUCUGCAUUUAUUUAAUGCAUGGUUAAGUAUGCAAGGAGUCUUUUGUGUAAAGUCUGUAUAUUUAGGUCUCCUCUCAGAGGAGAAUCACAGUUGGAGGUCUCUGCAGUGAAUAUAAAACAUCAUGUGUCAAGCAGGAUGAAAGGUUUGUAUAAAUUAUUGCUCUAAUGUUGUGUUUGUGGAAUCGAUUGUUUCCAAGCCCGUGUACCUUUAAAGGCAGGACCCCUGUCUUAA